AUGCGCCGUGACGCUCAAGGGGGCGGGCUCACGCAGAGCAGUUGCCUGUCACCGCGUGACAAGGAGAAGAUCUGGAGCGCGAAGAGGCUGAAGAGCACGUCGGUGGAAGAAGAAAACAUUCAGUUAUAUUUUGUUACACAGAACUGGAGGUUAUCUUUUUCCUCAGGUUUAUUUCAAGGGGUAGAUCAUUGCUGUAGAGAGCACGAUCACUGCGCUUUUCAAAUCCAGUCGUUUGACUUCCAGUAUGGGAUGCGAAACUAUCGUCUGCACACUGUGUCCCACUGCGAAUGUGACGAAAGGUUCAGGAUGUGCCUGCAUGCUAUCAAUGAUACUAUUUCCAUGUUGGUUGGCAUCAUGUACUUCAACAUCCUUGAAAUGCCCUGCUUUAGUUUGAAAGAGCGGAAUCAGUGUGUGGAACGGCACUGGUGGGGAGGCUGUAAAAAGUAUGGUUUGUUACCUAAAGCCAAGAUGCAGAAGCAGGCCCCAUUCAACUAUACCCAUCCUAAUGCCCAUCACAAUUCUACCAACUCAAACCUCCUACAAACACGUCCAACAAUCCUGCCCCUACACAGGGGCACGUAUAAUCUCACAUCCUCCUCCAAAAAUAUCACAGUCAAGGCUAAUGUUUUAAUGCAUAAGGUCACAUUCACCUUUACACCAGCCUCUUCUGGGAUCAUGAGCCAUUCGAAACAUCAUUCUGUGCCCACGGAAAGCAGUGGCAAGGGGAGGCAAAGGCGACUUCAGAAGAAACAGAAAAAUGGACGCACAAGACUAAAGACUAAGCAAUUGAACAAAAACACAGAGGCAGCCUCUGAGAAAACUCUAGACACAGCCUUGCAGGAAGAGAUGCCAAAGGGCUUGGAGAAAGACACAGCCAGACAGUAAACAAAUGCCAGCCAACUGGAUUCUGACAAAUUAACAGUUUCUUAAAUUACACAAAAAAAAUAUGCACUAUUAUGGUGAAAGGAUGUUUUGGAGAAAUAGCUGGUGUUAAGACAUCAGGGGACACCAAGGUGGAUGUUAAUAUUGGACCUCAUUUUUGGAUUAUUUUAUUUCAUUUCUGGGGUGUGAAGAAUCACACAUGCCAACAAUAUGAGAGGCCAAAUCCCUGAUAAUGUAAGACAUUUUGGGGGUAGUUGCAGUGAAGUUUAGUACUGCACUCAGCCAUCACCAUCAGCAGGGCACAGCCCCUGACCUUGAGGUCCCAACAUCCCAACUCUUGAACACCUUUGCAUUGUUUUCAUGUUAGGAAUGUGUAUUAUUUAUUAAACAUGGGAGAAGAGGGGUGUUUUUCCUUACCACAGAAGGUAUUGCGGGGGAUUAUAAUGGCAGGUCUUGAUGUGGUGAGGACCCAAGUCCUAAAUUGAUACUUGCCAUGAAUAUUUCUGAUAGCAACCCUUCCUACAGCAGACACAGAUCUGUACUUCUGUUAAUGCUAUACUACUGGGAUGUAACUUUCCGCUGU